ACUUCUCUAUGCUCCUGACAUAAUCACCGACGACCUGCUGUGAUAGUAGAGAGCUACUCCUAUCACGAACGAAACUGAAAUACCAUCUACAAGAUGGCUGCGCCAGAAGUCCACCAUCUCUUCCACAAUCCCAUCGCGGACCACUCCUUCUCGGCCGACCGGUCGACUUUGGCUAUUGCGCGGGACACGACCGUCGAGCUGUACGGCAAAGCUGGCAAUGCGUUCAAGCUCCAGGACGAGUUGAAGGGACAUGACAAGACCAUCACUAGCAUCGAUAUCGCGCCAAACUCGGGCCGCAUUGUGUCGUGCUCUCAGGAUCGAAAUGCGCUGGUCUGGGAGCCCUCACCCCAAGGCUACAAGCCGACUCUCGUCCUUCUCCGGAUCAACCGAGCUGCCACCUUUGUCCGCUGGUCUCCCUCCGAGACCAAGUUUGCUGUUGGAUCCGGCGAUCGUGUGAUCGCAGUCUGCUACUUUGAGGAGGAGAACGACUGGUGGGUGUCCAAGCACCUGAAGAAGCCCAUCCGCAGUACCAUCACGACUGUCGCAUGGCACCCGAACUCUGUGCUCCUUGCCGCAGGAUCCACCGACGCCCACGCCCGGGUCUUUUCGAGUUUCAUCAAGUCGGUGGACGCCAAGCCCGAGCCAAGCGCCUGGGGAGAGAGGCUGCCUUUCAACACCGUCUGCGGCGAGUUCCUGAACAACUCGGCUGGCUGGGUCCACUCGGUCGCAUUCUCGCCUAGUGGCGAUGCACUGGCGUUCGCCUCGCACGACAGCAGCAUCACCGUGGUCUACCCUAGCGCACCAGAGCAGCCUCCCAAGGCCAUCAUCAGCGUCACGACUCAGCUGCUCCCUUUCAUGAGUCUCUUCUGGUCCAACGAGACUGAAAUUAUCGCUGCCGGGUAUGACUGUGAGGCUUUCCGCUUCCAGGGUGGUGAGGCCGGUUGGCAGCUCGCUGGAACUCUGGAAGCAAAGAGCAGGCCUGGUCUGGGCGCAGCACACGAGGAGUCUGCUCUGAACAUGUUCAGGCAGAUGGAUUUGAAGGGCAAGGUCAAGGACGAUACGAAACUCACCACUGUCCACCAAAACACCAUCACAAUGAUCCGUCCGUAUGAAACUUCUGGUGACUCUGUCACCAAGUUCAGCUCAACCGGAGUGGACGGAAGGGUCGUCAUUUGGCAUACCUAGACUAGAUCAUAAUAGUUCAUAAUAGUCCACACAACAGAUAGCUGAAGGAAUUUGGAGUAUUUUUGAACCCCCC